GAGCAGUUCAGCUGUUGUGUGGACAAUGGCGACGAUUCGACGGAUGGUGUGACAUCCCGACGGGCUAAAUGUUCCCGUUGCGUCGUCCGGUUGCACGUACACGCGCAUCACGUCGCGGUGGCUGAGAGUCACGUCCUGGCGCGCAGCACCAGGUGUCUCGCUUCUCUAUUUUCUUCCUUGUCAAUCUCUUCGCUGCGCCUGCGAUGGCUACGGUGAACGCGAACGCGCUGUCCAGUGACAUAAGCCGUAGGAAUCCCCAGGACGAGUACGAGCUCAUCCAGAGAAUAGGCAGCGGGACCUACGGCGAUGUCUACAAGGCUAAACGAUUAUCCAUGAACGACCUCGCAGCGAUUAAGGUUAUCAAGUUGGAGCCAGGUGAUGACUUUGCAAUCAUUCAACAGGAGAUUUUAAUGAUGAAGGACUGUAGGCAUCCAAAUAUUAUUGCAUAUUAUGGCAGUUAUUUAAGGAGAGACAAAUUAUGGAUAUGUAUGGAAUAUUGCGGAGGUGGAUCAUUGCAGGAUAUAUAUCAUAUAACCGGACCAUUAUCAGAAAUACAAAUAGCGUACAUGUGUCGGGAGACUCUAACUGGUUUAGCUUACUUACAUAGUAUGGGCAAGAUGCAUCGUGAUAUUAAGGGUGCCAAUAUAUUAUUGACUGAGGCAGGUGAUGUAAAACUGGCAGACUUUGGCGUGUCAGCACAAAUUACUGCGACAAUUAACAAGAGAAAGAGUUUUAUUGGUACACCAUAUUGGAUGGCACCUGAGGUAGCAGCUGUGGAAAGGAAAGGUGGUUAUAAUCAGUUGUGCGAUAUUUGGGCGUGCGGAAUAACCGCGAUAGAAUUGGCGGAGUUGCAGCCGCCGAUGUUUGAUCUGCAUCCAAUGCGCGCUUUGUUUCUCAUGUCCAAGUCGGGCUUUAAACCACCGACGUUAAAGGAUCGCGAUAAAUGGAGUCCAACGUUUCACAAUUUCGUCAAAGUCGCACUCACGAAGAAUCCCAAGAAAAGACCGACGGCGGAGAAGUUGCUUCAGCACGCGUUUUUCCAAGGGGAGAUGCAUAAAAGACUGGCGUUAGAAUUAUUGCAAAAGGUGUCGAAUCCCAGUCAUAUGUUUGCCGAUUUAGAGGCCGACGAAGACGGGGCAGUGCCCAAUGUUCCGCAAAGAAUAGCCUCGCGUCAUACUGCAAGGCCUAGGCCAAAGAGUCCCAUAUCACAAUUGGAUAGUGAUGAUCAGAUCAACAUUGAUGGAGUAUUACACAGAGACUCCAUAUCACCAUCUGUGGACAGUAAUCCAGCAUGGGAUAUCAUAGAUAUCAUGAAUAAUGUCAAAGCUGUGCAUAAUUGCGAUGUACAUCCAGACUGUGGGAUUGGUUCUGCGUUUGAAGAGCAAGAAAAUACACUUGGCGCGAACCUUAAGACAAGUAAAAUAUCGAAACGUCGUAGCAAAACUGGCACAGAGAUAUUUCGUAUGACUAUAAGGAGUCUAUUGCAGUACAUUGAUGAGGAGUUGUUGCUAAGGGGAAAUGCAAUAUCGAUGGUCGAUGGGCAUUGCGACCAGCUAUAUUCCCUGCAAGCCACUCUUCCACUCGGGGAAUCAUCGAACGAUUGCGAAGUCCAUUGUCCCUAUUACAACGUAUCUGGGUCUCAGGCAAGUCCCCGACGUCACAGCUCUGUGGACGAAUUAUACGGUCUCGUCAACAAUUCUCAGUCCCUAACAACUGUGAACGGUCAACGUCAACGAUCAUUGUCGGAUAGUGGCCCUAGAGACGAAUCUGCGCAGUCGAACGGCGAUAAUGAGAUAGCAGCUGACCGAGAUAGGGAGAGUAUGAGUCCCGACUUACUUUCGGAUACACCGCCCGUCCCUCCGAGAAGGAGGGAUCGAAAAAGACACACUCCACCGAGGCCUAUUAGUAACGGAUUACCUCCCACACCGAAAGUGCAUAUGGGAGCAUGUUUCUCAAAGGUAUUUAAUGGCUGUCCAUUGAGAAUACACUGUACCGCGAGUUGGAUUCAUCCGGAUACGAGGGAUCAACACUUGUUGAUUGCGGCGGAAGAAGGAAUUUACAACUUGAACUUGAACGAGCUCCAUGAAACUGCAAUAGACCAAUUAUAUCCGAGACGUACUAUCUGGAUGUAUGUUAUUAAAGAUGUUCUCAUGUCCCUUUCCGGAAAGACACCUCAAUUGUACAGGCAUGACUUAUUAGCGAUGCUAAGUAAACAGACUCAUAGGUUUUCGUUACACAUGAAUAAAAUACCAGAGAGAUUAGUCCCUAGGAAAUUUGCUCUCACUACAAAGGUACCGGACACAAAGGGAUGUACCAAAUGCUGCGUUGGAAGGAAUCCAUAUAAUGGAUACAAAUAUCUGUGCGGAGCGAUGCCGGCUGGUAUAUUUCUAAUGCAAUGGUACGAUCCAUUGAAUAAAUUUAUGCUUCUAAAGCAUUUCGAAUGCGUUCUACCGUCGCCUCUAAACGUCUUUAAAAUGGUUAUCACACCUGAGAUGGAAUAUCCAAUGGUGUGUGUAUCGGUUAAGCAGCCAUAUCAGCAGAAUAAACUGAAACUGGAUUUGAUUAAUAUGAAUUCAGGAGCGAGUUGGUUCCACAGUGACGAAUUAGAAGAUAUGGAUGGUUCAGCGACUGUGAUACCAAGAAGAGAAAAUUUGAAUGUUAUUAAUGUCACACAAUUUGAGAAAGAUGCAAUACUCGUUUGUUACGAUAAUGUAGUGAAGAUGGUGACAUUACAAGGGAAACCCCGGGUUAGCAAGAAACAGCUGUCAGAGCUGCAGUUUAAUUUUCAGAUUGAGUCUAUCAUUUGUCUACCAGAUAGUGUACUGGCAUUCCACAAACACGGUAUGCAAGGUAGAAGUUUCAAGAAUGGCGAAGUUACUCAAGAGAUUAGUGAUCCAAGCAGGACUUACAGGCUACUAGGCUCAGACAAGGUUGUGAUGUUGGAGAGUCAUCUGGUUCACAGUGGCACAUUGACUGAAUCGGAAGGGGCGGAUCUCUACAUACUCGCUGGACACGAGGCCAGCUAUUAAGUAUCGAUUUUUAAAUUGCUAGCUUGCGACCACACGCUGCAUUAUCGUCUCGCACGAUUUGUGAUUGAACUGCACGUGUAACGUGGAAUGCGACUACGAAAGAGCGGUGAGAAAAAAUAUGCAGAGAGGUAAAAGCUUUACAAUUAAUUAUUUUCACUACUUUGCAAUGUGCAAUUCCAACAUUGCUGCAAUGGGUUACCGCCAUCUCUCUAAUAGUAGUCGAUACCGCGUAAACUGAUCAUUUAUUCGUGGUAAUUUUUUUUAACGAGAGGCGUCUUAAAACUUAGAUAGUUGUUUCAGUAGAUACGCACUAUGAUAGGAAGAGAUUUUGAGUUUAACAGAAAGACACCAAACUUAAGAGAGAGAAAAUAUGUACGCGGAACUUAUUCUUAUGCCUGAUUAAAUGAAGCCAAUAAAAACCGUAUUGCUUGGAAAGAUAUAUCGGAUAAAAGCAAUUUCCUAGUUUAUAUAGCUAUACAUGUGUAUAAAUUACACUUAUACAUAUAAAUCAUGUACAAUUACGAGAAAAGAGAUUUAUGAUGAAAUUAAAACCUCGGAAACUGUAAAAGUAAUUGGAGAUUAUUCCGUGUUUCCGACGUUAUAUAUAGCUAAAUUAGCUAGAAUAUAUAAUACAAGAGUACAUUGUUGCGCAGCGUGUUUUACAAGCAACGAAGCUCUAGCUAUGCUGUGCAAAUGGUACAGUUUCGGAUUUUAUCUUUUUUUUCCUAGAGUCGCGCUAUAUUCUUAUUAGCUCUUAGCCUUCGAGAACCAUUUUGAUCGUAAUAGCGAUUUAAUAGGAUAAGAAUUCUCGUAUUUGUAUUUUCGACGAGUGCGGGACAUUAUUCUCUAGACGAGACAAUAUUUAUAUUCUUACACACAUAUGGUCGCGUAAAGUUUUCGAAGGUUAAAGUGCUAUUUGCUGCAUCCAGAUGCAAUAUCCGAUGGAAUUUUCAUGUAACUUUGACGGAAUUUGUGUGACAUUAAUCGAGAUUACAACUUAAUAUAUCUUCGUCGUCUCACUUUCACGAGAUUCGAAUUUCAGUGACCGAUCUUUUGACACAUUUGAAAAGAAUGCACAUUAUUUUUUAUAGCCUUUCCAUUUUCUCGAUAUUAACUACACUUCUACAUAUAAAUACAAAAUUGCAAAGAUUGAAUGAAUUGAAUGAACGAUGUUUUUUAAUCAGUUUUAGGUGAAUUAAAUAAAAUAAAGAUUUCAUUUUUCGUUAUUUCUAACUGCCAAAAACGGCGCUUCAAAAAAGAAAAUCUUUGUUGAGGAAAAGAUGAUUCCGAAUUAGCGAGCCUAUCAUUCAAAUCUGAUCUGGUGGAAGCGGGACGCUACUGUAUUUUCUUCCAAAGACGAUAGAUAAUAGAGAAAACGGCAACGACAUAGAAGGAAAGUAGCUAAUUGAUGUAUAACGCUCCGUAAAAACGUUCUCGAAAGAUUCCGCGUAGAAAUGAAUUUUCUCUGUGAAUUUCAUAUAAUAUCGUGUACACAUAUAUUAUAUGUACACACAUGUAAGCAGUACAAAAUUCACUUGUACCAAUGUGUCGUCCUUGAGAAUGUAUGUACGCACGAAAAAUUAUACUAUUCGAGCUUCAUUUCGUUGGGCAUGGGAUCACACUUCGAGAGAGCUAUCUUUAUUCAGACAUCGCAUACGUCUCGCGAUGUCUCUAAUUUUUCGGCGAUAUUAAAUAUAUAAAUUGCACGACAAUGUCAUCGAUAGUGAACGCGCGAAUUUAUCUUGAAAUAUACACGCGUUGCUAUGUUUGAAUCGUUUUGCUUGCUGUACGAUAUUGAUCGCGAUUGUAAUAAAGUAUCUGCGAUCGUUGGCUCAUGAUCAGCCUUGAUUUGCGCGCAAUAAUCCCCGAUAUUUAUUCUUUCGUUUUACGAAAUAAUCUAAUGUUUUUUUUAUUAAAUCAUACAGUGCUUUCUGAUGAAGCGCUAUUGUGAUAUAUGUGACGGGAAAAAAGCACGCGAACAAAAUAAAAUGAGAAGAGAAGGAUAAAAUUUUUUUUUUUUUUUUUACGAUUUUCAUCGUUCGGGAACUUCUCUCCGUAUAGAUCGGUCGCAUAUAUAAUUUGCAUCAGAGAUCACGAGCACAUAUAUCUGUCUGCAACAGUUUUUUUAUGCGCAGUAAUUUUUUUAUCGGGUAUGUCGUCAACGACGAUAUUAUCGUAUAUAUCUGUGAAGCGACGAGCGCAAUAUAACUUUCAUGUGAUCGGUCUCAAGACUGGGAGAAAUAUAUUUUCUCGUUUACAGUAGACUUUCUAUAAUCCUUGAUGAGGAAGAGUGCUGGAUUACGUAGGAUUUAGACGGGAGGAAAAAUUGACUGUGUUUUACGUUUACGCAGUCGAAAUUUGCAACUCUCGAGUAUCGUCAACGUCGUUUAUUUUAACGAGAGGUUUCGUUUGUAUAGAUGUACGAAUUAUCUCGGAACAUAUUUGCUGAAAUCUAUUCGAUGCAUCUAUAAGCGGAUGCUUGUAGAUCGAUAAUGAUUAAACCAAAAACAUUCCCCUUUUUUAUUUGGAAUAUUUGACCAAUAUUUUUAUUAAAUAUUCACUAAUCGCGCAACUAUUAAUUAGUAAAGAUAUCGCUUCUUUAUAUAUAUAUAGUGCCGUUGCAUUUGUAUCUCCUUCCAGAAUUGAUGCUUGAAUUUAACAUAAUCAUUUAUUCGAAUAUAUUUUGAUAAGACCACUGACGCGGUAAUUUUUUUUAGUUUGUAUCUCGUAAGAUAUUUAAAGUGAAAAAGCGUAAUUAAUUCACGAACGUGUCUGCGUUGACGCAUCAUAGUCAAACAAUUCAUUACUGCAAUCAUACUAACAAUAAGUCAUGACAUAAGAAGAUCAGAAGCUCUUGAAAAUUGAUCGUGUGAAAAACGCACAUGUAUUUUAUUUGCUCCGGACUGAUAUUCGUAUAUAUGUAUAUUUAUAUAGUAUCUGGCACUUUUCCAUCUAUUUCCGUCGAUAUUUUAUCGAGUACAAUUCUUUACUGAGAGAGGCGAAAGACGUAAAUCGAACUGUAAAGAAUCGUCAGAGCGAAACAUGCGAAAUUAUCUGUGCGGAAUGUUGAACUAUUUUGAUAUUUUAUAUGGACCUUUUCCUCUGUACAUAGAGAGUAGAUUACUAAAGAAAGUAUUAUACUAUCGAAAAAAAAUUCGAAAUAUACACUAGCAAAGUUAUGAAUCAGUGUCUUAUUGUUUCCGUUGAAUUUUCGUCUCGCGGCGAAAGUUGCUCGUGUAUAAAUCUAAGUGAUAACGUUUUCAAAAAUUAUAAUAUCACGCAUAUUUAAGUUUGCAAUUGGAUUUUUCGGAAUUUUGAAUUUGCGCUGCGCAUUUUCGAAUAAUCGAAAAAAUUUGCUGAUAUUUCGCUCUUAUAUUGUCAAUUUAUUCCACAUUCGAUCAAAUUCUAUGUCAAGUCUACACUUAUUCAUUGUAAACAGAGAUAAAUAGAAACGUAAUUGUCUUCCCCAUACAUACUUGCUAAUAGCAGUACGCCAGAUGUGUUGAAUGUCUACGAUACUAACAUUUCUGGUAAAGUAUUUGAUAAUAUCCAUGAAACCAUGUAAUUUUAAUAUUUGUUUAGCCGACAAUAUCCGUUUUCUUAAUAUUGUAAGAAUUAUUCGAGCGAGAGAACUCUCUUAGUAUACGAAGUAUGUAAAUCUGCUUGAUGUAAGGAAGGAGAAAGAUUGUGAUAUAUAUCGAAAAAGACGAAAAAUUAUCUUUAUUCCACGCAGAUGUAAUUUAGCUGAAAAGUUAUCUAAAGGCUGUUCAAGUGUUAAAAAAUUUAGAAAUGUCAUAUGUGGAAGGAUAUAUUAUUUUAUUUCGGUAAGGCGAUUUUGUUUACGCGAGAUUAUUCUGCUUCUUUACGGAGACGUACAUAUUUACAAGAUAUUUUGAUAAAAAUAAGGGUGAAUAGUAACUGCAAUGUUACCUGAUGUGAAUUUUUGUAUUAUUGUAAAGACAAUAAUUUUAUCCAGACCGUAUCGUAUCGAACGAAUUACAGAAGAAAAAAGAAUAGAUACAUCGGCGGAAUCAGAGUAGAUAAUUAUAAAUCUAAAUUUUAGCAAAGAAAGUGAAAAAAAAACAUAGAAGACAUAAUUAGAGAGUCUUUAAUCCUCUGACACAGACCAAGUAUUAGAAGAACUAUGUGCACUAGAAAGACACACAUACAUUUUGUGUAGAUUUCACAUAUCCAUGUUCUGCUCGCGACUAUUUAAAAUGAAACUUCAUUUUAUAAUUUUCGCAAGAGAAUGAUAGAAAAAUUAAAGUAUGGGUGUAAGACACAUCGAGAAAAAUGUCUGUUUCAAUAAUUUUAUACAAUUAUCAAAUAAAUAAAUGCGUGAUAAAAAUUCGCAUUUUCAUUAAUUCUUCUUCAAGUCGGUUAUUUUGAACAAGAGACACGCAUGUGCGAUAGAUCGAGAUUUAUCUUUCGUUUGAAUGGAUUA